AACAGUGCGUAGUCUGGAUGGAGCUAAACACACAGAGACCAGUGUUACGUAUAUUUCCCUCCUAGCAGUGGUGGUGGUGGUGACGACGACGACUUUAUUGCAGCUCGCAAUGGAGCUGACAACAAGAGAUCGCGUAUAACUCAAUUACCCUCGGGAAUCGUUGCAGUACGUACUUUUGAGGUGAGGUUCAAUUGGACAACCAUUAUUCCUAACCAGUUCAAAGACAAUCACCGGAAAGGACGUGAACUGUGUGGGCACCAUGAGCCAACCAUUCCAUGUUGGACCUCGCCAAACUGGUGCUAAUGAGUCUUUGAUGAAGGCCCUCAUUCGUUCAAGUCUGUUCCCAAUUGCUGUCCUGAUAGUGUUAUCAGCUCAAACUUUAGCCUCAAGGGACCUGCACGAGGAGGGACCAUGGAGUGAGCCAGCUCCUCAAGGUCAAUGGUACCAUGACCAUCAUCUUUCUCAUGAGCAAAGGCUCUCUCAACUCCGAGCUGUAGGCUUCGUGAAGCACAACAUCUCUUGCCCUGAACUCAAUAACCUGACCUUCACCAAUCAACCUCCGUUCGACGUGCUGGGGGUGCCCGAAUGCAGUGCCGGGGUUCAACCCAAGAUGAUGUUGUACCUUCCGAGUAACGUGACGUGUCUAUUGAACUCGUCGUACCUGCCCAACAAUGAGACCUCAGGAUGCUUGGCCGAGUUUCAGACACACAAAAAAGUGGACAAGCUCAUCAUUCUCAUCCAUGGGUUUCUGAAAUACUUCGAUACGAAAUGGCUUCACGAGAUGCAAAGCGAGAUCAUGGCCAUGGAACCCAACACUGCCGCCAUCAUUGUGGGUUGGGGCCAUGGCAUGUAUGAUAUCGUCAAUUUCUGGAGGGCGGCUUCCAAUACAAGGUAUAUUUCUCAGGCUAUGUACGAUAUCGUGGAACAGAUCUUGCGGGAUGUCAAUCCCAAUUUGUACCUCCAUUGCAUCGGGCACAGUUUGGGUGCCCAUGCUUGUGGAUUCUUGGGCAAGAAACUGACGGACAACCCCAAAACCAAGCAACUGGACCGUCUCUCUGGUUUGGAUCCGGCUGGACCACUUUUUUGCAACGAUGUGCCCUAUCCGUUCCACAAUCUAGAUAUCCAGCCCGAUGCACGUCUAGGUCCUCACGAUGCCAAAUUGGUGGACAAUAUCCAUACAGAUGGAGAUGCCAGAUAUUUGGGAGUUUUGCCACAGUAUGGAACAAUGGAACCCUUGGGUACUGUCGAUUUCUAUCCCGGACAAAAAGGCUCGUAUGGACACAACCAACCCGGAUGCUACGACAUUUUCAACGUGAUUUCGUGCUCACACUCGAGGGCUUGGCAACUGUACGAGGCGUCCAUUGAAGAGGUCACAUGUUCAGCCACCGAGAAAUGCCAGGGAAAUCCCAAGAAAAUCCCCCAAAACUGCAGUCCUCUCAAGAAGGGAACCGUGACGAUGGGCUACCAUUGGGAUACGAAACAUCCAAAGCCAGGCAUGUUCAUUGUCGAGGAAACGGGGAGUGCUCCUUUUUGCACGGACAGCCACCCGUUCAAUCGAACCCAAACGAACUUAUGACCGAGAAUCAGGGGCGAACAGUCGGAAGUUGCCAAAUUUAUUCAUCCUCGAUACUCGUACAUUGCAAUAGGUCACAACGUCCUUUUUUGGUAAAAUAAAUAUGCAAUUGAAAGCAUGGA